UGUAUGAUUGCCUCUUGUACGAUGAUUGCACCUUGUACGGUUUCACCUUGUACGAUUGCCUCUUGUACGAUUGCCUCUUGUACGAUUGCACCUUGCACGAUUGCACCUUGCACGAUUGCACUUUGUAUGAUUGCACCUUGCACGAUUGCCCCUUGUACGAUUGCACCUUGUACGGUUGCCCUUGUACGAUUGCCCUUGUACGAUUGCCCCUUCUACGGUUGCACCUUGUACGGUUGCCCUUGUACGAUUGCACCUUGUACGAUUGCCCCUUUUACGAUUGCACCUUGUACGAUGGUUGCCCCUUGUACGAUUGCACUUUGUAUGAUUGCACUCUUGUACGAUUGCCCCUUUCACGAUUGCCCUUUGUAUGAUUGCACCUUGCACGAUUGCCCUUGUACGAUUGCACCUUGUACGGUUGCCCCUUGUACGAUUGCCCUUGUAUGA